CGACCUUUUCCUACAUUACCUGCUCGAGCACCCGCCCGUCUUCCCUCCUCGUCCGCCCAUCUUCUCACACACAACUAUUUUACCACCAACACCAACACCAACAGCAGAGAAACUUCAGCGUCACGGCAGCCGCCAAGAUGCAGGAGAACGUGCCCAAGCUGUACCCCAACCCGGAGACGGGGGCCAAGGUGACGGACUACUCCGUUGCGCACUCGACGCCGCUGCCAGAAUGGCUCGCGAGAUAUCACCAGUGGGGCUGUGAGGAGACCAAGGUCCCUAAUUUCUUGAUCUCGACGUAUCAGGCGCAGAUGUUGAUCUUUCUGGCGAGGAUUGUGGGUGCCAAGAAGGUGCUCGAGAUCGGCGUCUACAUCGGUUUCUCCGGCAUGGUUUGGUCGCACGCUGUAGGGAAACAAGGCACCGUCGUUGGGCUGGAGCUCAGCGAGGAAUACGCGGCCCUCGCGCGCAAAGGGUUCGCGGACAACGGCGUCGACAACGUGCAGGUCAAGACGGGCGAUGCCGUCGCAUCUCUCGAGACUCUUGCGCCCGCCGAGCCCUUCGACCUGAUCUUUGUCGACGCCAACAAGGACGCCUACCCGCGGUACCUGGACAUCAUCCUUGCCCGGUCGCAGCCGGGCCAGCCUGAUCGCCUGCUCCGACCGGGCGGGCUGAUUGUGGCGGACAACGUGCUGCGUCGGGGGAUCGUGGCGGAUGCGAGCAGCACGAACCCGCAUUAUGCGACGGAUGUGGAGAAGCACGGAGAGGCACAGAGCGUAACCUUUAUGAAGGCGCUGCAUGAGUUUAACGAGAAGCUGGCCGCGGAGCCUAGGCUGGAGUCGUUCCUUAUGCCUCUCUUUGAUGGGCUGGGGAUGGCAAGGUUGAGGGAUUAGUGGUUUCUUUUGUCUGGCCGUGGUGUUGAGAACGAGCUAGGUUAUGUUAUAGAGGCGAACGUGGUGGAUGAUGAUGAUGAUGAUGAUGAACUGCCAAUUGUCUACCUUGUUACACUCUACAGCCUCUCUGACUCAAUACACAGGUUGAUUCCCUUCCC